AUGGACGAGGGGCCGGUGGAGAUCGAGGAGCUCUUCGCCCUGCUCAACCAAGGACAAGAAGCCGGCGGCCAGGGUGAAGGUCACGGGCCCAACGGAGAAGGCGCGGUUCGCGAUGGAAGUGACGCCUGCCCCGACCAGAACGUUCCAGCGAUCAACGAGGUGACGUCUUCUGGCAUGUUCGCGCUCGACGGACCGCCAGACGUCGCGGACGUGGAGAAGCUGCAGUUUGCCUGUGACGCUGUUGGUGAAGGUGCCGACGACGGCCGUGCGGGCCCGAGAGCGUGGGUCGGGUCCCUAGCCGGGGGGGUUCGGGGGCGUGGCGACGGUGGUUGUGAGCCAUACAUCCGGGUUUCGCGGGGGGGUGAGUUUACCGAUUCCUUUGAGGCGUCCUUCUUUGCCAGGACGUUCCCGACCCUGUUCCCAUUUGGCGUUGGGGGACCAAGGCUGGUUGAAGAGACCAUGGUCGACGCGGGGAAGGUCACGGCCAACUUGCGAGGCAGGGCUGUCGAGGCGUGGGCCGAGAUCGUGCUCCGGCGCCAUGGUGGUCGAUUUGCACUGCACCACAUCUUCGCAUUUCUCGUCUUCAACAUGGGCCCAUGUCGAGAGGUCCGUCUCAAUAUGCGGCGGAAAAUCCAGUCGCUCAUCGUCGGAUAUGGCGUGCCGGCCAUCUGGUUCACCAUCAACCCGAACGACAUUACGAACCCGGUGAAGCUGCGACUGGCGGCAUACCGCACACGCGAUCCCGACGCGGCCGAGGAGUUCUUAGAAGGCCUUGGGGAUGCGUAUAAGCGGGCACGGCUGGCGAUAUCGGAUCCCAUGAGCUCGGCCGUGUUCUUCCACCGCGAGAUGAAGCUGUUCUUCGAUCAUUACGUGAAGGUCGGUGAAGACUCGAUGCUUGCCGACAUCCACGGGGAGGAUCAGGCGGCGUAUCGCGAGCGAAUCGUCCGAUACAUCGAUAGCGUCUUCUCAGAGGAUCUGGACCAGGAAAGUUUUUGCGCCGUGCAAGCGGAGCGAUCUGUGACGGGCGGUAUUGGUUCCCUGCUGGACAACGCCGCGCAGUUCUCGGCCGCGUUUAUCGAGGAGGCCAACUUCUGUGCCGGCGCGACGCAGGAGGGCGGAAGGGGACCUCUGCCGGUUCAAGGCGCCAUGGAGCGCAAGACAAUGGCCCUCAUCUAUUAUGUCACGAACUACGCGACCAAGGUGGAGGACCCGGUGUGGAAGCGUGUGGCGGCCGCGGCCGAGCUCCUGGCCGCCUCAACAGGGAACAGGACGCGACAGUUCCUGAUGAGAGUGGCGAACCGCGUGUUCACGGAGCGUCCGCUAUCACAGGUCGAGGUCGUCGCUCACCUUCUCGGAUAUCCGGCCGAGUUCACCGACAGCAGCGCGUGGGCGUACCUGAACUGUUCUCUGCUGUACUGGGAAGUCUUUCGGCGAUGGCGGCAUCUCCGAGAAGCCAGUGGCGCUGCGGCUAUGGAUGACACCUUGGAUGAGUCGGUGCUCAGGCGGCCGGGCAAGCACGCUACCGUCUGCCUCGACGGCUACCUGAGCAAGGACUUCACCUACGAUGACGAGUCGUGCUACCGGAGGGCAGCCGUGCAGCAUCUUGCGCUGUUCGUGCCGUGGGAGUCCUUCCUGGGCGAAGGAACAGGUGAGAUCAACAGCAUCUGGGCGCGGGCUCGAGACGCUAUGGCCCCGAGAAUAUCAUGUCUCGUCGACAACGUGCAGCUGCUUCGACGAUCCGCCGAAGACGCAAAACGCGACGCCAAGCAAUGGGCAGCCUCGUCCGGCGAUGGCGACCCGACGGUCGCACACGUCGAGGAGGGUGGAGCAGGCGAGGCGGGCGCGGAGUCUGCAGCGACAUAUCAGCCCAACAGCAUCGGAGACGCAACGCGGCUCAUCGACGUCGUCCGAGGUGCAGUGGGAGCGAAUCAGGUGACGGCCAAGUCGCCGGAGCUCAUGGCAAUGAUACAGCAGCUCUGUCGGUUUCAGCAAUCGGCGCUGCGCUCGACGGCCGAGCUCGAGGCCACGGCGCUGAUCGAACGAGGGAGGGGCGGUUAA